UUGAUGCCAUCUAUCCAUUCUCUGGAAGUGCUGACUGGCAUGCCCCUGGUAUACGCCGCCGUCUGAGCCGGUGUGAGCUUCCUUUAGUACCGGUGUCUAGAUCCGCCACUCAGGCGUUGGGCACUGAGUGGCUGUCAGUUUCCCUCUUGCCUUUGACCAUGCCGCAAGCUGAGAAAGAACAGGCCGACAAACGAAAGGCAGAAGAAGAAGAGCGUAUCGAGCGCGAGCGGGCCAGCGGGAACAAGCUCUGGGGCGUC